AUGUUUGGCCGGCUAAGCCGACCGGUCGAGUUGGUGGAGGCGAUCCAAGUGUCUUAUCCACAUCAACCAGUCAAAAUGGGUAAGGUCCACGGCUCUCUCGCGCGUGCCGGUAAGGUCAAGUCGCAGACUCCUAAGGUCGAGAAGCAGGAGAAGAAGAAGGCGGUCAAGGGCCGUGCCAAGAAGCGCGCACAGUACAUUAGCCGCUUCGUCAACGUCACUCUCACUCCCGGUGGCAAGCGCUCCAUGAACCAGCAGCCCGCAGGCAAGUCGGGUUAA